AACAUGUGCAGUGAUAAAUAUACACACAGUUUAUAUAUUCUAACAUUAUUAUAUAAUAAGCACGUCUAGUCCCGUCUGUACAUGCAAUUUCUUCCAGCCAUUAAUUCAUUACACUGUUUGCACGAAGAAAAAACUGUAAAUAAGUCAUCGAGUCACUCAACAUUUUAAUUUACUCGCCCUCCUUUAAAGUAUUAAAACGUUUCGAUACUUAUGAUACGACUGACACGUUUUCGAAAACCCUGUAAAAUCUAAGUUGACAGGAAACCAAACCCUAGAUCGUAAUAAACUUCUGAAACCUUCUCCGUAUAUUGACAAGAUUUACAAGAAAAAUGUAGUGCGCGUAGCAAUAAGAGUUUUUGCUUUUACCUUAAUGGCAGUUGUAUGUAUUUGAAUUGUCUGAAGUAGUCAGAUGUAUGAUUUAAACGCAUCCUUUUUUGACAAUUGAGCAAAAUUAUCUAAUUUGACUAAAAUUAUCACCUUCAUUGAACUCAGCGUUUGUUUAGAAAGCGAAAGGAGCUGCCAAGGCUUUUGUAUAUGUAACUCUUAAUUCAUUCUAACCUUAGACUUCCCCGAAAGAACUUAUACGAAUGGCGAAGAGAAUGAGUUGCGAGGACUUAGAGGAAUUUGUAGACAAGCAAGUGGAUGUGAACAAGUUCAGAUACCUGGGUCUGGGGUACAUCAACGCCAUGAUCCUAAUAUAUUCGCUGCUCCUCCCGUUUGUCUACUUUCCCACCAUUUUCCCUUAUCUUUGCCACAGUUACGUCAUCCUGAACAUUCUCGUCUUCUGUUAUCUGUGGGUGUGUCUGGUUUACAACUACUUCCAGAUGGUAUUUUCCAGACGGGACUUCUACCGUCCAGCUGCAGUAGAUCCGAGCAGGACAGCCCGCAUGCAUUACUGCGACGUAUGUAAAGCCACUGUUUUGAAAAGAGAUCACCAUUGCUACUUUUACGGAGUGUGCGUUGGAUAUUACAACUUGAAGCACUUCAUGUUUAUUCCAUACUGGGGGGCCGUUUGCUGUGCUUAUUCUCUCUUCGUAUUCACCAUCUACUACCCAAUCGCGUACGAUUUCAACCCAGACAACCUCUCCAAACUAGUCAACCAUAUUAUGGGACAUAUUCUCAUGGCUGGAUCCAGACGCCAAUCUUUUUUUCUGGUAGUCAACAUGACCCUUGCCAUUUUGGCAGUUCUAAAUACACUUCUGCUACCUCUCAUCACACUCAAUGUUUCUCUACUUGACAGCUGUCAAUCAGACUACGUAUGAACACCGCAAAGGCAUCAAAACGUAUUCUCGCAGUCUUCGUCAGAACUGGACUGAAGCCCUUGGACCAAAAUACUGGAUGCUCUUUUUCUGUCC